AUGGGCGACAUGGAGUCCUACAAGGUGAUGCUGAAUGGGCCGGCGCCCUGGGGCUUCAGGCUGCAGGGAGGGAAGGAUUUCAGCAUGCCGCUCUCCAUCUCCAGGCUGACGCCGGGCGGGAAGGCGGCUCAGGCCGGCGUGGGAGUGGGCGACUGGGUGCUGUACAUCGACGGGGAGAGCACCAGCUCCAUGACGCACAUCGAAGCCCAGAACAGGAUCCGCGCCUGCGGGGACAGGCUCUGCCUCACCCUGAGCAGAGCCCAGAACCACCUGGGGAAGCCGCAGAAGGACUCACUCCCCUGCUCUGAACCCCUGAAAUAUAACUUCGCUCCCAGCACCGCCCUCAACAAAACAGCUCGGCCCUUCGGGGCUGGCUCACCUCCGAACCCGCGGCCCGGGCUGGUGACGAAACCCGUGACGUACGCGCCCCUGGCGCCCGCCUGCACCCCCCAGCACAAUGGCCAGGUCUCUGUGCCGGACCCGUCCCCGGGAGCAGCGAUGAAGACGGAGCCGGGACUGGCCCCCAGGACCCCUGCCGCCACCCCCGGCCCUGCCAGCCGCCCGCCCUGGGCCGUGGACCCCUCCUUCGCUGAGCGCUACGCCCCGGACAAGACGAGCACGGUGGUGAGCAAGCACAGCCAGCCAGCCACGCCGACCCCCAUGCAGAACCGCAGCUCCAUCGUGCAGGCGGCGCAGCAAGCCCCCGAGGGGCCCGGCCGCACGCCCCUCUGCUACAAGUGCAACAAGGUCAUCAGGGGACGCUACCUGGUGGCGCUGGGACAUUAUUACCACCCCGAGGAGUUCACCUGCUGCCAGUGCAGGAAGGUGCUGGAUGAGGGCGGCUUUUUUGAGGAGAAAGGCUCCAUCUUCUGCCCCAAGUGCUACGACACGCGCUACGCGCCCAGCUGUGCCAAGUGCAAGAAGAAGAUCACCGGGGAGGUCAUGCAUGCGCUGAAGAUGACCUGGCACGUGCAGUGCUUCACCUGCGCUGCCUGCAAAACUCCCAUCCGCAACCGUGCCUUCUACAUGGAGGAGGGACAGCCCUACUGCGAGAGAGACUACGAGAAGAUGUUUGGCACCAAGUGCCGUGGCUGCGACUUCAAGAUCGACGCUGGGGACCGGUUCCUGGAGGCGUUGGGAUUCAGCUGGCACGACACUUGCUUCGUCUGUGCGAUCUGCCAGACCAACCUGGAAGGGAAGACAUUCUACUCCAAGAAGGACAAGCCGCUCUGCAAGAGCCACGCUUUCUCCCAUGUGUGAGGGGUGGGAGUUCGGCUGUGCCCACGCGUGCCCCUGGCCCUGCAUGCUCCUCUCCCCUCCCCUGCUGCCCCCAGGGAGCCAGGCUGGGCCCUCACCCCUUCCCCUUGCUCCUACCUCUUUC